AUGAGAACUGUCUUUGAUAUCAAGAGACUUAUCAGAAGAAGGUUUGAUGAUAAAGAGGUACAGAGAGAUAUGAAACCCUUACCAUACAAGAUUGUCAACAAGGAAGGAAAGCCAUAUGUUGAGGUUAAACUUAAGGAUGGGGAGACUAAGGUUUUCAGUCCUGAGGAAAUUAGUGUUAUGAUUCUGACCAAGAUGAAGGAAACCGCUGAAGCAUUCUUAGGAUGCUCUAUGAUGCUUACUACCAAGGAUGCUGGUGUGAUUGUUGGAUUAAAUGUAGUAAGAAUCAUCAACGAGCCAGCCGCAGCAGCUAUGGCUUAUGGUUUGUACAAAAAAACGGAGAAAAGAACAUCCUUGUUUUUGAUGGUGGUGAGGCCACACUAUGCUAGUAAUUCAUUAGUUGAUUUAGCAUAA